AUGCCUGCCCGCGCGGUCUUUCAUCUGCGAAAUUCGUCGCAAUCGGCCCAGCAUUAUCCAAACAACAACACCAUGCCGAACAAAGAGAUCAGCGAGACUGCGAAGCUGUACGCCGCCUUGUUUAAGCAGGUCCGCGAGAAAUUUGAUGCCGAAGAGUUCGACGAGUGCGACCGCCUUGCCUUGUGGCUGCUCACCAAAGCCGACUUACCGGUCAUCAUUCGCACUCGCUGCCACAUGAUGUUGGCGAGUGCAUACGCACAAGACACGCGCGAGAAGAUGGAGCCGAAGGAUUGGCUCGGCCAUGCAGAUGCAGCGGUGGAAAUCCGGCGGAAGGCAAGGGAGCAAGGUCUUGUGGUGAAAGACAAAUCCAUCGAAGACGCCGAGAAGAUUCAAGAGCGGGCUAAGCAGUCCUACCAAGAGCUAGUCGAUGCUGGAGCGCAUCAAAAGUCGGAUCGGGGGGAAUCGAGGGGGGAAGGUUCAGAAGGGGCAAAUAAUCCGGGAAAGAAGGACCUUGCUGUCCCUGCUCUUCGGGAGGUCAACAUUGCCAGGGUGGCCAGUGGCGGAGGCGCCGAAUGCAAGCACAGCGGAACAUAUGAAUCAAUUGCGGUUAAGCAUUAG